CUCUUCUGAGGAAACGAAACUGAUCUGAGUCUCUGUGUCGUCUGUCUGUGUGAGAGUGAACAACCGUCCAAAUGGCUCAACAGGGAGUUCUGCUGGACCAGGACCAGUUCUGUUGUUCUGUCUGUCUGGAUCUACUGAAGGAGCCGGUCACUACUAUCUGUGGACACAGUUACUGUAGGAGCUGUAUUGAGGGCUGCUGGGAUCAGGAUGUUCUGAAAGGGGUCUAUAGCUGUCCUCAGUGCAGAGAGACCUUCACUCCAAGGCCUAAUCUGAGGAAAAAUAACAUGUUGGCUGAGCUGGUGGAGAAACUGAGGAAGACAGGACUCCAGGCUGCUCCCCCUCCUGCUCUGUGCUAUGCUGGACCUGGAGAUGUGGCGUGUGAUUUCUGCACUGGGACCAGAAAGCAGAAAGCCCACAUGUUCUGUCUGGUGUGUCUGGCCUCUUACUGUGAGACUCACCUCCAACCUCACUAUGAAUUUCCUGGUUUCAAGAAGCACAAGCUGGUCAAAGCCACGGCACAACUACAGGAGAAGAUCUGCUCUCAUCAUGACAAACUGCUGGAGGUUUACUGUCGUACCGAUCAGCAGUGUAUCUGUUAUCUGUGUACAAUGGAUGAACAUAAAGGCCAUGAUACAGUGUCAGCUGCAGCAGAGAGGACUGAGAAACAGAGGCAGCUGGGGAUGAGUCAGCAGAAGGUCCAGCAGAGAUUCCAGGAGAGAGAGAAGGAGCUGAAGGAGCUCCAACAGGCUGUGGAGUCUCUCAAUCGCUCUGCACAGUCAGCAGUGGAGGACAGUGAUCAGAUCUUUACUGAGCUGAUCCGCUCCAUUGAGAGAAGGAGCUCUGAGGUGAAGGAGCUGAUCAGAGCCCAAGAGAAGGCUCAAGUGAGUCAAGCUGAAGGACUCCUGGAGCAACUGAAGCAGGAGAUAGCUGAGCUGAGGAAGAGAAGCACUGAGCUGGAGCAGCUCUCACACACAGAGGAUCACAUCCAUUUCCUCCAGAGUUAUCAGUCUCUCUCCAGUAUCAGUGUAUCUUCAGACUUACCCAGCAUCGUUGUCCGUCCUCUUCAGUACUUUGGAGAUGUGAGUAAGACUGUGUCUGAACUGAGAGAGAAACUAGAAGACUUCCUUAAAGGAGAAUGGACCAAGAUCUCCACUACAGUGAAUAUAGUGGAUGUUGUACUGCCUCCAGAGCCCAAGACCAGAGAACAGUUGUUACAAUAUUCCUGUCAGCUCACACUGGACCCAAACACAGCACACACACACCUCUCUCUGUCUGAAGGGAACAGAAAGGUGACCUGUACAGGCCAAGUCCAACCAUAUCCUGACCAUCCAGACAGAUUCACCAACCAGUACCAGGUUCUGUGUAGAGAGGGUCUGUCUGGACGCUGUUACUGGGAGGUGGAGAGGACUGGUGUUGUUGUUACAGCAGUCUCAUAUAAAGACAUCAGCAGAACAGAGACAGAUAGUGGAUUUGGACUCAAUAACAAGUCCUGGAGUUUACAUUACUAUAGAGGUGGUUAUUGUUUCAGACACAAUAAUGUUGAGACUAAAGUAUCAGGCCCUCAGUCCUCCAGAGUAGGAGUGUACCUGGAUCACAAGGCAGGUACUCUGUCCUUCUACAGUGUCUCUGACACAAUGACCCUCCUCCACAGAGUCCAGACCACAUUCACUCAGCCCCUCUAUCCUGGGUUUAGUCUCAAUGGUUAUAAUGAUACUGCUGAGCUGGUUAAACUGUAAACUGAUUUGUUAUUAAUUAAAAUUCAAUACAAUGUUUUAAUCUUGUACAUUUCCAUGAAUCAUGAUGUCUGGUGUUGAUGUAUAUUGGUUGUCAUUCAGAACCAUUGAUAUGUUUUCUCAGUUGGUUCUCUGUCUCUAUGUAAUUCUCCUCAGUAUCAUUGAUCAGCUUGUUGGCUCGGUCCUAAUUGAUGUGUUCUCUGUCACCUGGAGCUGCAUGGAAAAUGGUCCAGGAACUAAAGGACAAUUCAGGACUAGUCAGCCCACUACAAGCUGGUAUCACUUACUUUCUACUAAACUAUAUGGUCUGGUUUCCCAGACACAGAUGAAUCCUAGUCCUGGACUAAACAGUAUGUUCAAUGUAGAUGUCCAGGAAACCGGCCCUAAAUGUGUCAUCUUUCAUCCUCCCAUACUGCUCAGUCCAGCAACAUUAAACCUGUCCAGCAGGUGGUGCUGUUGACCAAACAAUAAAACCAGCAGAUAUCUUGACUUGCCACUCAGUAUAUCAGUAAUGUUCAGAAUAGUACUUUAAUAUCAUUGGAGAUUGAUGGUCUUUUUAAUCCACUAUCCAGAGUCAGGAACAGAUGAAGUUAGGUCUGCUACUGUUCAGUGAUUAAAUAUGAUUUAUGGUGAUGGGAAAUAAUAAAAACACUCAACUUCAUCUAGUAA